CUCUUUGUCUGCAAUUCUCGAGAUCUUUGCGAACGGUUGGCCUGCCGAGCAGUUUUCUUCGACCAGUUUAAGCUGAGAAAGCUCUCCUAGCUCUACUACGUUAAUAUUCGAGCUUUGCGUGUAAAAUUUGAAGUUWAAUGUGUAGAAAUCGCUUUAUGGUUUAAGGUAAAUACGUGAACUUAGAAAUAAUACAUGCAGAACGUUGAAUAUAAAUAACAGCCAAGGGAAAAUCCAUCAAGUCAACUUGUCGUGAAUAUACGCUCUCGGCAAAAGAAGGUUGAAUAUUUUCUGUUUCUUCAAGCGAACAGGCAUCGCUCAAACUGCGGUUAAAAAAUGGAGAGUUGCAUGUCUUUUCUUCAGCCUUUGAACCAAGUUCUGAUGACAAAAUGCCUCGGGAGAGACAAGAAAAAAACAGUGGACAAAACACCAUUAAAACAGAAGAUUUGCUACGGUGUAGGUCAUGUAUUCAAUGACUUGUGUAUCCAAGCAUGGUUUAGCUAUAUUAUUAUAUACUUUACCAAAGUCAUCAAACUCAGUUCAACGAACGUUGGCUACAUUUUCCUUAUUUCACAAAUCGCCGAUGCUAUCUCAACACCGUUCAUUGGAUACGCCUGCGAUAAACAAAUUUCUAAAAGAGUUGGAGAACGAUAUGGCAAUAGAAAGAUCUGGCAUUUAUUUGGUAGUGCCGGAAUGGCUCUCGUUUGGCCAUUUCUUUAUUCGCGAUGUCUUUUAUGCGAUGAAGGAGUUGAAGAAUGGGUUAUUGUAACCUAUUAUGGAGUACUGACUGCUUUAUUUAGUUUUUUCUGGCCGAUGGUGGAAAUUAGUCAUUUGUCUCUAAUGCCCCAUGUAGCAAGAAGAGCUAAAGACGCCCUUGAACUUGGCGCUAUAAGGUCUGCGCUCAAACUAGGAUGUGGUGUUUAUAUCUAUGUUAUAACGUGGAUAUUAUUAGGACAAGACAGUAGUGAAAAAAUAGACGAAACAGUACAAAAGCCUUUUACGUAUCAGACGAUUAUCGUUAUCAUCACCGGGGGUCUAUUCGCUAUAAUAUUUCACUGGGGUGUCGACGAGGUCGGUCGAAAUCGUCCGCUCGGAAGAAGAGAACAAGUGUCGAUACGAGAGAAGCCAUCACAACCAUCAACAUCAAACGAUCCAGAAAAGAGAGCUCUACAGGAGGACGAACAACAUCUUGAAAUUGUCACUUUAGACCCCGGUGCAUCUCCAAAAACCUGGAGACAAUGGCUAAAAACACCAGAUUUAUAUUUGAUGAUGUUAAUAUACAUGACCACACAAAACGUUCUUAACCUGGUUCAGUCAUACUUUCCUUUGUAUCUAACACAAGCUAUGCAGUUUCCCAAGGAAGCUAUCGCAUACUUCCCUCUCAUCGUCCUCGUCUGUGGUAUCAUUGCUAGUUUUACAGUUAAAUAUUUAAACAGAAAAUUCUCGAAUAGAGUAAGUAAUGCGUAUUAGUUUUUGUAAAAACAGAAGGAUU